AUGUUUAGCGCGCCUGAUGGUGUACCAAAUCAAAACAACUCUUCAGAAGAAAAUGUCGAUCAUAUGGAUGUCGAUGACAAACCGAGGCUGGUCCUUCAAGAUACAAUUGUCUAUCAAAAAAAUGGGACUAUUGCCAAUGUUUUCGAUUCUGUCCUUGGCCUAGAACUGCGUGCUGAGGGUGCACUUUGGGUAGAAAAUGCAGAAAAAUAUAAAUUCAAGAGACCAAAUGGUACACAAUGUCAAAUUCAAUUCCAAAUGUAUUCUUACGAGAGAGAUGAACUUGGAGCUAUCAUUCUAUACGUGGAAGAUUCCACAACUAAAUCUUGGAUUGAACUAAAACCUUCGCAAAAGUACGUAGCACACUUCACCUCCAUGGUAGAAAGUGCUGAACUCAAGCAUUUUGUUACCGAUUACUACGAGCGUGUACUUGCUGGGGAGUGUAAGGAUGACAUAGCUGAACUAUGCUGGGAAUAUGCUCGUGAGGAUGGUCGUGGAUUGUUACAAGACGAUGUCAUCGAAGUUUUGACUAAGAAUGCAAAUGCAUUCUUCCUCUUAUCGGCUUUUCGUGAAGAGAAAUGGGUAGACAGAAGCACUAAGGGCAUGAAAUGGCCUGAUACAGAGAUUUAUAAGCUUCUCAGGAAUGAAUGUUCUACGGCUUAUGACAGAGCGAAUACGCACGUUUCGCAUGAACCGGGGCCAAUGACUGUCGACUCCACUAUUAUUCUAGACCCUCCUCCUACCAUUAGCGACGGGGGCGACCCACAAACCAACCAUUUAAACAUGCUACUGUCCUUGGUUGCCGAAGAAAUCGGAAAUGGAACUCCUGUUAGGAAGAUUACCUUAGCAUCACUAUGGAAUAGGCUCUAUGUAAAGACCAAGAUUCCGGACUAUGGCAUGAGUGCCGGACCCCGCAUUGCAAAGUGCAUUGUCUACAGGAUCGGCGGUCUCCUUGCAGACACGUUGGAAAAACGUCACCCUGAUCUAUUUCUGGGUUCAAAAUUCACCGAUGGACUUCGCGACGUGGGUCGUACUCAAUAUCCACCUCACACUAAGCAUGUGCCUACCGACGCCCAAUGGCAAGAAUAUAUGGAUAUUGCUGAGGGACUUUACCUUGUUCGUCGAAAUCCUCAGCACGAAGAAAGGGUCGGUGCCAAUUCAGUUGGUGGCUCUACAAAAUUACAGGUCAAGGAUAUCUUUACUGGAGAAUUGGCACCACCUCGUCCAAUUGGCCGCGUCGGAGGCGGACGUGUUGGAAGACCGCCUAAAAAUCGAAACCUUGAGCUUGAAUUCUGCGAGGAAGAGGAAGAAGAUGAGAGCGGCGAGACUUCUUCUGGAUUUGAUAUUGAGGCUCCUUUGACGGUAGAGUCUGCCUGGCAGCGUGUUUGGGAGUUAGGUGGGGAAGAAGAGAUCAUUAGUGAUCGUGUAGUCCCCUCUCGCAUUAAACGCUCUGGUUAUUGA